CUGACGGAUGCAUAAAGUAAAGGCAAAGUGGAUUUUAGAUACAUUCCUUAAGAUUUUCAGCUUCAACUCCACACAAUUCAACGUAAAUAUCCCCUGACCUGAAGUUCUGGUCUCCCUGCAUUCCAGACAGGACAUUUUGUUUCGUCCUUCUCUCAGUAAGUACUGAGUACUGUGAGAGGAACAAGUGAGUCUCUUUGGUUUCUGAUUCCCCAGAGCCGAUAUCUUGCUUGGCACAUAGGAGGCAGCAAAAGCAAACAUCUAUGUUGAUGAUUGAACUGACACUUCCUUGCUUCACCAAAAUUGGCUGUCAUCAGCGUGACUUUGACUUACUUCUUUUUGUUUUUUGUUUUUUGAGACGGAGUUUUGCUCUCGUUGCCCAGGCUGGCGGGCAGGGGUGUGAUCUCGGCUCACUGUAGUCUCUGCCUCCCAGGUUCAAGCCAUUCUCCUGCCUCAGCCUCCCGAGUAGCUGGGACUACAGGCGCGUGCCGCCAUACCGGGAGAAGUUUUUGUACUUUUAGCAGAGGCGGGGUUUCACCAUGUUGGCCAGGAUGGUCUUGAUCUCCUGACCCCGUGAUCCGCCCUCCUCGGCCUCCCAAAGUGCUGGGAUUACAGGCGUGAGCCACCGCAUCCAGCCAAACUUUCUGAUGAAUACUCUAAGUCCACCUAAGCUAAGGACAGGAGUUAGAGCUUCCAUGAAUUUUAAAACAAGACCCACCGAUUUGAGGAAGCAAUUACUCUCUUGAAGGAGAAAAGUCAGAAAACACAAUGAUGAAAUCACUAGGACCUAACUGGCCUGUGGAACUAUUUCCUGCUUAUGAACUCUCAACUAUCAUUUCAUUUCCAGAUGGCAUGGUCUCAGCUGUUAUACAGUGUUUACGAAUGGUCUACAUCAAGGGAAUUUAUAUCAAUCUAGAAGAAUAAACAAAAUAUUUGAGUUCCUAAUUUCCUUUAAUUAGGAUAACCUUUUCCUUAAAGUGAAGACAAUGGUUUUAUUACAUCUCUUUCUUCGGAAAACAUAGGCUGUAUUUUCUAGCAAUAACGAAUUUGUUAUAUAUGAUGAUCUGGUUCCUGGAAUGUUCUUGAAGCUAGUGUCUCUAAGGCAGGUGUGUACAGCAAGACGUGAAUAACACAGCAAUCGAUGUUGAAAGCAUUAUAUGGCAAUUGAGUUUGUCAGAACUACCAAAUGUUGCUGAGUGUGGAUUGCUCUGAAAUCUGCAAACAUUACUUCUGAAUUCCUUGUAUCCAAAAUGCAGACGCAAUGCCGGCUGUUGGUUUACUUGUUUCCGAUUUUUCAACCCUCUUUUCUAGGCAAAAGAUGUCCAAACGAUACAGACCCACAGAAUCUAACAGAUGUCUCUAUAUUCCUCCUCCUCGAACUCUCAGAGGAUCCAGAACUGCAGCCGGUCGUCGCUGGGCUGUUCCUGUCCAUGUGCCUGGUCAUGGUGCUGGGGAACCGGCUCAUCAUCCUGGCCGUCAGCCCUGACUCCCACCUCCACACCCCCAUGUACUUCUUCCUCUCCAACCUGUCCUUGCCUGACAUCGGUUUCACCUCCACCACGGUCCCCAAGAUGAUUGUGGACAUCCAAUCUCACAGCAGAGUCAUCUCCUAUGCAGGCUGCCUGACUCAGAUGUGUCUCCUGGCCAUUUUUGGAGGCAUGGAAGAGAGACAUGCUCCUGAGUGUCAUGGCCUAUGAGCGGUUUGUAGCCCUCUGUCACCCUCUAUAUCGUUCAGCCAUCUUGAACCCGUGUUUCUGUGGCUUCCUAGAUUUGUGGUCUUUGUUUUCUUUUUCCUCAGUCUUUUAGACUCCCAGCUGCACAACUUGA